ACCGAAAAAAAACCGCAAAUAUAAUAAAUCACCACAAUAUAUACUAAUACAAUAAUGGGUGGACUAAAACGUCCCCCACCAACCAAAUAAAGUUGGUUACAUUUUAAAGGAUCCAUUAUCUAUAUCACUGAGUCAUAACUAAACUCGCUCUUUUUUCCAUACAGGUAGUUAUGGACGCUGAAAUGCCAGUUACACCCACGCCAACCAUGCGUUCGACUGUCACUGUGCCGCGCCCUGCGACUACCCCCGUAGCAGCGCCACGAACAACACCAGCAACAACUGCACCGACAGCUCCACGACGUGCCACGCGCCCAAUGCCUACUUUAGUUUCAGAGCCGCCUCGCCUCCGCUGCCCGCUCUGUUGCCGUUCGCACCGGCUGCAGCACUGCCCCAUUUUUAAGGGUAUGACACCCAAUCAACGUCAGCAGGUGGCCCAAGCACAUGGGCAUUGUUUGAAUUGUUUGGCCCAGACGCACGACACGCAGGAAUGCGUGUCCGAUAUCGUGUGCCAACACUGCGACAGGCCGCAUCAUACCUUGCUGCAUCGAAACCCAAGACGCCCUGGCGCACGGCCCUCAGUACCCCGCAGCCAUGAUGCAGCCCGUCGUCCACAGCCAAGCCAUGCAGCACGACCCCGUCAACGACAAGCACUCGCCGCACCCCGUACUUGGCGUCAGCUCAAUAGCACCUCAACACGACACCAACCCUUAAGGCCGCAUCCUCGUCGCAGGACAGGCCUCAGCAACGUCGUGGCAACGUUGAAACAACUCCAGCGACUGCUAGGCUGAACAUUCGCCUAGGGGGCCGGGAUGGCUAAAUGAGUUCAGCUUCCCGCCCUAAUGCAGUCAACAACACCGCACAACACACUACUCAUACGACAACACAACACACCACUCACACGACAGCGUAACACACCACUUACAGGACAACACUGGCACACCACAUCUGGAAACAUCAGCACACCCACACCCCACGCACCAAGGCAACCUUGCUGGAAGCAGCAGCAUACACCCACACACAGCAGAAUAACUCUACACACGAACAUGAACAAAACCAGGGAGGGCGAUCGAGCCGAACCUCUUUUCCAUCGAAAUCGUCAACAGG